CGCGUCCGAGGCGUGUGGAGCGGCGUGUGGUGCGGGCCGGGCGAAGCCGAACCCACGGCCGGAAUCAGUGAGAGACGCUGACAUGGUGGCAGCGGUGGGAUGCUUGCACCGGAGCUGGACACGGGUUUUGCACCAGCUGGUCUUCACCCAGCCCCGGUCAAGAUUGCACUCAAUGCCUGCAGCUGAGAUUCGCCAGGCUUUCAUUGAAUACUUUAAGGAGAGGAACCACAAGUUUAUUCGAUCAAGUCCUGUGAUACCAAGGAAAGACAAAACGUUAGCAUUUGUUAACGCAGGAAUGAAUCAGUUUAAGCCGAUUUUCACGGGCGAGGAGGUGGCUCGCUGGCCGCGCGCCGUCAACUCUCAGAAAUGUGUACGGGUGGGCGGCAAGCACAACGACCUGUCGGACGUCGGUCUCGACGGCUACCAUCACACCUUCUUCGAGAUGUUGGGCAGCUGGAGUUUCGGCGACUACUUCAAGCGCGAGGCGUGCCAAAUGGCCUGGUGUCUGCUGACUGAGGGGUACGGCAUCAGCCCGCAGCAUCUGUACGUCACCUACUUCGCCGGCGACCCGGCGCUCGGACUGCCUCCCGAUCACGAGUGCAGAGACAUCUGGCGACAGAUCGGCGUGCCGGCCGAGCGCGUGCUGCCGUUUCGUGAGGCGAACUUUUGGGAGAUGGGCCCGGUGGGCCCAUGCGGUCCGUGCACGGAGCUGCACUACGACCACCUGCAGCGGCCCGGCGGCGCCGCCCACCGCGUCAACGCCGGACACAGCGACGUCACCGAACUGUGGAACCUGGUCUUUAUCCAGCACCAGCGCCACGAGGACGGCUCUCUGACGUCGCUGCCGGAGCGGCACGUGGACACGGGGAUGGGGCUGGAGCGGCUGGCGGCCGUGCUGCAGCAGGUGCCCGACAACUACGGCACCGACCUGUUCACGCCGCUCUUCAGCGACAUCUAUCAGACGAGUGGCGCGCCGGCCUACGGCGGUCGAUACGGCGCCGCCGACAGGACCGGCCUGGACACCGCCUACCGCACGCUGGCAGACCACGCGCGCAUGGUGACUGUCACGCUGGCCGACGGCGCAGUGCCGCCGGACAAUCACAAGCUGCGCCGGGUUCUGCGGCGGGCGCUGCACCUCUGUGAGAACGCGUUUCACGCGCCUCGACUGCUCUCCGUGCUGUCCGACCGGGUAGCUGAAAUGCUGGGGCCCGCUUUCCCCGAGUUCGAUCUCCAGAGCAACAACAUUAAGGCGGCCCUGGCGGCCGAGCGUGAGUCCUGGCUGGCCUCUGUGUCGGCGGCGGCUGGCGAGCGGCGCCGCUGCGCCGCCGAGCUGCCCGAGCUGCUGCAGCUCAGCGUCGGGCCCGCCGAGUGUCUCCAACUGGUGGAUGGACUGCGCGAGCUGCGGCGCGCGCUGCCGGCCGGCGAGCGCCGCCUGGACGGCCGGCUGGCGCUGCAGCUGCACACACAGCACGGCAUGUCGGAGGAGGUGCUCCAGGAGGUGGCGCUGGUGCGGGGCCUCCAGCUGGACGUGGAGGCGUUCCAGGCGUGUCUGGCUGAAGUUCGCGCCGACAGUCGUCAGGCGGCGCCGGUCAGCCGGCACCUGGCGGACGCGCUGCUGCUGCGCCGGCUCGGCCUACCAUCUACGGACGACGCAGCCAAGUACGAGUACACGCGCCGUGCGUCCGGCGAGUACGAGCUGCCCUCGGUCACGGCCCGUGUGCUGGCCGUGCUGUGCGCUGGCGGCCGCGCGGCGGCCGCCGCCGCCGGCCAGCGCUGCUCUGUGGUGCUCGACCGAACCUGCUUCUACCCGGAGGGCGGCGGCCAGGCCGGCGACCGCGGCGUGCUGCGCUGGCCGGGCGGCGAGCUCAGUGUGACCGACACCCAGCGCUGCCGGGACUUUACGCUGCACGAGGGCACGGUGACGGCCGGCCGGCUGGCCGACGGCCAGGAGGUGCGCUGCGAGCUGGACGCCGGCUGGCGACUGGGCUGUAUGCGCCACCACACGGCCACGCACCUGCUGCUGGCAGCGCUGCGGCACGUGCUGACCGCCACCGCGCAGACGGCCAGCGCGUCGGACGGCCGCCGUCUGCGGCUGGAGGUGACCAGCUACCAGGGCGCCAUCACCGCCCAACAGAUCAGCGAGUGCGAGCGUCUGGUGCAGGAGUGGACGGCGGCGGCGCUGCCCAUCUCUGUGGGCUCGGAGCCGCUGGAGACGGCGCUGCGCCGGCCCCAGCUGACCCUGCUGGCCGGCGAGGUGUAUCCGGACCCGGUGCGGCUGGUCAGCGUGCCGGGCGUCUCGUGCGAGCCGUGCUGCGGCACCCACCUGCUCAGCACGGCCGACCUGGCGGCGUUCCGGGUCACCUCUCAGCGCGCCGCCGGCCUGGGCGUGCGAGUGCUGCGCGCCGUGGCCGGCCCGGCCGCGCAGCAGGCCGAGCGGGCGGCAGCGCGCGCACUGCACGCCGUCGAGCGUCUGGUGGCCGGCCAGAUGUCGGCCGCCGAGGCGCGCCCACUGGCCGAGGAGGCGCCCUACCGCGAGAAGAUGGCCCUACUCGGCGCGCUGGACACACUGUCGGACGCCGGCAAGGCCCAGCAGAAGGAACAGGACGUCGCUCUGAUGGAGCGGCAGCUGGCGGCGCUGGAGCGCGCUGAGACGGACGGCCGGUUCGUCGUUCACCACUUUGCGGGCCGGCGGCCGUACGCAGUGCCGGCCAUGCGGCUGUUGAAGCGGCGUCGACUGCCCACUGCCAUCGUCUACCAAAGUCGCGGCGUGCUGUCCGUGCGGUGCGCCGUGCCGGCUGGCGCGCAGGAGGGCGGUGCGGGCGCGCUGUCGGCCGCCGACUGGCUGGCCGACCUCACCGGCCACGUGCAAUGCCAGUGGGUGCCGGUGCCGGAGCCGGCGCGCAUGGCCGGCCUGGAUGUCACUAGUCGACUUUCCCGCGACGACGAGGCGCAGCUGGCCGAGCUGCUGGUGCAGCUGCUCCGACAGCGGGCGGUCCGCUGAGACCAGCACCACAGCUCGUACUGCGCAGCUGGCCGAGCUGCUGGUGCAGCUGCUCCGACAGCGGGCGGCCCGCUGAGACCCAGCACCACAGCUCGUACUGCGCAGCCAGCUCUACCAGUGGCGUGACUGCAGUGCAACCAGCGACAGGAGCCCGUCAUGGCCACACUGACAGCAGCCUCUCUGGGCCAGGCCAUGUAUUGUUAGAUUCAGGAUGGCGUGGAAAGGGUGAUCGCAUACGGCGGUAGCAAAUAUAACUGAUCUCAUAGAAAAUAGACGAUUUUUGAGCUUGAA